AUGGCAAGUCUCUCACCUGCAUCUACGCGGCAUAAGCAAGCACUCGCGCGCCUGCGAGCUUACGUUCCGCCACCGACACAAUACUAUAACACGCCUCUCUCACGAAGGGCUGCUGUACUCAUCCUGUUAUUUGCAGAUCCCCAUGGCGAUCUCAAAGUGGUCCUAACGAUGAGAUCCAAGACGCUCUCUUCGUAUGCCGGACAUGCGGCGCUACCGGGAGGAAAAGCCGAUUCCUUGUCAGAGACGCCGUUUCAAACCGCUAGACGCGAAGCAUACGAAGAAAUCGGGUUACCGCUCACGGACAGCAAACUGCCAUAUCCGUUUCGUGUAGAACACUUGUGCCAGCUUCCAGCAAACCUUGCAAAGACCGAGUUGGGCGUCAGACCGUGUGUAGCAUAUCUGUCGCCCACAAGAGCAGAGGCGGACGCACCACGGAGCCAAACGGUUGACGCGUCGAAACGUAUCGAGGAGACGCUGAUACCACGAUUAGAUGCAAAAGAAGUCGCUGCAGUUUUUACUGCUCCGUUCCAGCACUUCUUGCAUGCGAGUAGUAAUCACAGUAACUCCUCGGCUCAAACUCAAGGUGAUGAUGUAGAUUCCAGGCCUGGAGCUGAAGCCGCAGGUUUCCCAGCAGAUUGGUAUCGAGGAACUUGGACGGACUGGCAUGAGAGUCGCUGGCGCAUGCAUAGCUUCUUUGUGCCAGUGAACCCAAAAUCGGUCACUCUUCCCAAGAACGAGAAGACGUAUCUCUCGUCAGAUCCUCCUGCACGUUUCAGAGUGUUCGGAAUGACUGCACGCAUACUGGUGGAUUGUGCUCGGGUCGCAUACGCACAGGAACCGCAAUUUGAACAUAAUUCGCGCUUCGGCGAUGAGGAAAUGAUAGGCCGAUUGAUCAAAUUAGGUAGAUUCGCUGAGGAAAGGAAGUCUGGAGAUGAGCUCACGAAGGACAUCCUUAAGCAAGCUUCCAAGAUAUAA